AUGAGAGGUGUUAACUGUCUCAUCUGUUCAGUCUUCAUAAGUUAUCCAAAUAAUAUGAAGAAAAUUAUUCUUGGAUUCUUUUGUCUCAGUGCAAUCAUUUGUGUAUUGAAAUUGCUUUCUUUAACAGGCAUCAUCAGCACAAUAUGGUCUUUGGUCUUCAGAAUUCAAACCUCGAAUGAAUGGUUCCUAGAACUAGACAAUGCUUACAUCAAAUUUUACAGUGAAGCGCGCGACCGCAUGGAAAGUCUACUAUCACCUUUGGGAGCAAUUUUUGCCGAUUUUAAGGAAACAUUUGAGUCUGUACCCCAAGAAGACUUGUCAGAGGAACUUUCUAAAGAUUUUAAUGACUUUUUCGAGCUGGUUAAUUCAACGUUUAAUACCUUACCUAUUACAGCAUCGUCAACAGUAUUAUUGUUAGUUCAUACGCUUAUGCCUAUGGGAACAUCAUUGAACUUAGCAACAGUAGCACAAAGCUUCGAGAUGAAUAUGGCUAUGGAGUUAAGUACAAUUUUUAUGAAAUUUACUAAUCCGACAGAAUCGACAUCAGAAUCAUGCAAGGCUCAUAUUCUGUACCAAUUUACUUCAAAUUUUGAAGCCAUUAAAACUGAGUUAUUAGAUGAGCUUGAAUUUAAAAAGAAAUAUUUGGGAAAUUCAUUCAUUGCAGCAGAUAUGGCUAUAGAGAUGUUAAGUAAGGAUACUCAGGUCCUUGCUGAUAAAAUUCGUGUAUGUGGAAGUUCAGUCCAAGAGACGAAUACAAGAAAUCAAUGCGUUCAAGAUAUUGUUGACGAAUAUGCAACUUGCAGUAGUUGCCCUUAUACAAAAACCUUACAAUUCGCAUAUUCAGGAAUAUAUAAUGCUGGAAGCAACAUUUACACGAAGGUAAUGGGAGGAAUGGGUAUGCCAAUGUCAAACUUCUUCCUUUACGAAUAUUUAAAAUCAACAUGUCCUUAA